AACUGCAGUCUGCAAAAAUCAUUAUUGUGUAUGCUACGACGUUAAACACUAAACAGUGAACACUGAAACUAAAAGUUAUCCAGUUAUAGAUGAGAAGCCGGUGGUUUUUUCUGUGGUAAUAUUAAAAGUUUUAAAACUAUUCAUUGAGAAGCUAGUGUUUUUUCUGUGGUAACGUUAAAGCUUAAAUAAUUAACUAUUAAUUUUAUUGUGAGUUUUGACUUUUUGAGUUUGUGACCAUGAGUAAACAACGUGUGUUUGAUAUUUUCAAUUUUACAAAACCUCAACCAGAUAAAUUAACUAGCUUAAACAAACCUAAAUUGAAAAGUAAUUCGGAUAAUGAUUCCGAUAGCGUUGAUUCUGAAUUAUUAGCCCUCUCUAGCUUUUCUAGCAGCACAUCGUGUUUAAAUGAAACCGACGAUGAAUCUACUAACUAUAAAAAUUUAUUAAAAAAUGACGAAAAAAUUGAUCUUGGUGAUUUACAAUCUGGUCCUAUAAGACCAGUUUUAAAGUCUUACCCUAUGACCAAAUUUGGAAAUCAAAAACGUUGUUUUAAUGCUUCUUACUUUAACGAAUACGAUUGGUUAGAAUACAGUAUACAAAAUGAUGCUUUGUAUUGCUUUCCAUGUCGCAAUUUUAGUGCCAACGAUAAUGAAGNUAUUUAUAAUGACCCUUCAUCGGAACAGUUUAUCAACAGUAUAAACAGAGUAUCAGGAAACAUUUUACAGUUCUUAUCUGCGUGA